AUGGCAUCCGAGAUCACUCCCUCCAAGAAGGCUGCCUCUGCCAUGGAAUCCCUCAAGAUGGAGUCACCCAUCAAGAAGCUCGACUUCAACGCUGCCGGCAAAGAGAACGCGCCUUUCGAUGCUGCUGUCGAGAACCUUGCCACCGAGAUCGAAUCACACAAGCCCACAGCCGAGAAGGUCCAAGAGCAGACAGCGACAAAGGCCGUGGCUCCCACAAUCAAGCCCGAGGAGGCCGACGAGCCCCUCCUACAAGAGAACCCCAACCGAUUCGUCUUGUUCCCCAUCAAGUACCACGAGAUCUGGCAGAUGUACAAGAAGGCCGAGGCGUCUUUCUGGACUGCCGAAGAGAUUGACCUGUCCAAGGAUCUCCACGACUGGAACAACCGCAUCAACGACGACGAGAAAUACUUCAUCUCCCACAUCCUUGCUUUCUUCGCCGCGUCGGAUGGCAUUGUCAACGAGAAUCUUGUCGAGCGAUUCAGUGGAGAGGUCCAAAUCCCUGAGGCUCGAUGCUUCUACGGAUUCCAGAUCAUGAUGGAGAACAUCCACUCUGAGACAUACUCCCUGCUCAUCGACACCUACAUCAAGGAGCCUUCCCAGAAGACCUACCUCUUCAACGCUAUUGACACCAUCCCGGCUAUCCGAAAGAAGGCUGACUGGGCUCUGCGAUGGAUCACCGACAAGAACUCCACCUUUGCCCAACGCCUGAUUGCCUUUGCUGCUGUCGAGGGUAUCUUCUUCAGCGGUGCCUUCGCCUCUAUCUUCUGGCUCAAGAAGCGAGGUCUGAUGCCCGGUCUCACCUUCUCGAACGAGCUCAUCUCGCGUGACGAGGGUCUACACACCGACUUUGCCUGCCUGCUGUUCUCGCACCUGAAGAACCGCCCUAGCAAGGAGGUUGUCCAGAAGGUCAUCACCGACGCCGUCGAGAUUGAGCAAGAGUUCUUGACCGAGGCUCUGCCCUGCGCCCUGCUCGGCAUGAACGCCAACCUGAUGAAGCAGUACAUCGAGUUCGUUGCCGACCGCCUCCUCCUCGCCCUCGGCAACGACAAGGUCUACAAGGCCACCAACCCCUUCGAUUUCAUGGAGAACAUCUCGCUCGGUGGCAAGACCAACUUCUUCGAGAAGCGUGUUGGUGAAUACCAGAAGGCUGGUGUCAUGAACAGCACCAAGAAGAACGUCUCGAAUGACGACACGGCAGCGCCAAUAGAGAGCACAAACGAGAACGGCGGAGACUUCGCCUUCGAUGAGGACUUUUGA